UUUAAAUCUUGCUUCGUAGUACAGGUCUCAGUUAUAAAACGCUCAUUUUAAUUGAGUUAUCUGGAAUUUUUCUGAAUAAAACGAAUUCCCCUCAAAUCUAGAACAUGGAAAUGAUAGAGCCUCUUCCAGCAAGGAUAUCCAGAUAGUUCAGUACAUUUCUGUAACACACUCCUGAAAAUACUGAUAACUCUUUAGUUGUGUGCAUUUGUUAGAAGAUUCAAUGACCUGCCACCAAGGGUGAUACAAACAUGUUCAAGCACGUUUUGUUUUUCUUUGUUUGAAACUUCAUCCUUUGUAAGUUUCUGAUUAGUGUGUAUCUGCCAUCUGUUACUCGGGGAGUUUUGUUCCAUCACCCCGCUGUGUAAGUCACAUAGCGGUAAGUUUGCAUCCUGUUUCCAGGUAAAACUUCAGGCAUGGCUCGACAGCUGUGUCACAACUUCCUUCCCCUUCGCUUGGGUUUCAGGCGGAGGUGGAGCCAGACUUUCCAGCGUACGCCCCUUCUGAUGGGGGCAACUGGGCUCCCAGUUAUCCACUCAGUCAACUUAUGCAGUUGCAGAAGAGAUAACCUCAGACAAAAGUUUAAUGAUCCCCGCUUAGGUCUCUCGGUAAUAUCAGCCAUGGCGAGGUCAAAGGCGAAGGUGUAUACUUGUUGCGCACUGAUGCUGCUCUGUGUGGUUGCCAUAAUUGUGUGUAUUGCUGUACUUGUGAGGCGCAAAUGUCCAGAUGGCACUUUCUCGAGCGCUGCAGUGGCCGCAGACUCUGGGAAAUGUUCAGAGAUUGGACGGAACAUCCUUCAGAAAGGGGGAUCGGCGGUAGAUGGCGCCAUUGCUGCGCUGCUUUGCACCUCGGUCAUGAACCCGCAGAGUAUGGGGAUCGGAGGGGGGUCCAUAUUCACAGUGAUGGACAGCUCUGGUAAAGUCAAAAUCAUCAACUCCAGAGAGACUGUACCUGGGAAGUUUAAAUCUGACCUGCUGAAGUCAUGUCCCAAGACCUUCCAGCUGGUGUCAGGUCCCCAAUGGAUUGGAGUCCCGGGGGAAAUUCGAGGUUAUCAAGAGGCACACCAUCUUUACGGGAAGUUGCCCUGGGCCGAUCUCUUCAAGCCGACCAUCCAGCUGGCCAGAGACGGGUUCCCUAUACCUCCAAUCCAAGGCCGAUACAUCCCGUACAUUGAUACAAACCAGACUCAGUCACUGCGUAAGUUGUAUUCAGAUAAGGACGGGAACUUGCUGAAGACUGGUGAUAUUGUGAAAUUUGAAAAACUAGCCGACACGUUGCAGAUGAUUGCAAAUGAUGGGGCAGAUGUUUUCUACACUGGGAAAAUAGCAGAUGAUUUAAUCCGUGACAUACAGGAGGCAGGAGGAAGACUCACGGCGCAGGACUUGGCAUCGUACAAAGCUACAGUGACGGAUGCGUGGGCUGUUCCGUUGGGAGAGUACCAGAUGUACAUACCCCCACCCCCUGCAGGAGGCAUCAUCCUCAGCCUCAUCCUUAACAUCAUGAAAGGAUACGGCCUGAAUUCAACAUCUCUGACAGGUGAAGAAAAGACGCUGACUUAUCACCGCUAUGUUGAAGCCUUUAAAUUUGCAAAUGGAUUAAAGAAACACAUCCGAGAUCCUCAGUUCAGCUCAGAAGAAAUGGUAAAGAAUUUCAAAGAGGAAAGCUUUGCCAAACACAUCAGGAGCUUGAUCAGCAAUGACAAGACUCAUGAUCCCCAGUAUUACAACAUCACCUCGUACCUGGACAGCAUGGGCACCACGCAUCUGUCUGUGCUGGCUGAGGAUGGAUCUGCUGUGUCUGUCACCAGCACCAUCAACCACAUAUUUGGCUCAAAAGUCUUCUCUCCAAACACCGGAGUCAUCCUCAACAAUGAGCUGUCUGACUUCUGUGGGAGAGCUGAUAGCAUCUAUCCUGGGGAGCAGCCUCCCUCCUCCAUGGCUCCCGCUGUGCUGAAGUCUCAGACGAAGAUGUUGGUGAUUGGAUCGACUGGUGGGAGUAUGAUCACGACUGGGAUGGCCUCGGCGCUCAUGAACCAUCUUUGGUUUGGGAAGAGCCUUAAGGAGGCAAUUGCUUCUCCGGUUGUUUAUGUCGACUCUGAAAAUACACUGAAAUUUGAACCUAAAUUUGAUGAGAAUGUAAUCGAGGCUCUGAAAGCUCUGGGACACAACCAUGGAACUGCAAAGAAUUUCUACAACGUGGUCAACGCUGUGGAGAAGGAGGACGGCUGUAUCUGUGCUGUGUCUGAUGCCAGGAAACUGGGCCAACCAGCUGGAUACUGAGACCAGGAUUCAGUGACAUUGGUUACACAGGAUGGCCUGAAGGCUACUGAGACCUUCCUGCAACCAGAACACCAGAAAACCUGCAACCGAUGGUGUUUGUCCUGCUGGAAAAUCAUUGGACAAGACGCUUAAUAACAGGCUUCUUCAGCUGGACACGUGUAGCGGUUAAACGCGUGGCCUCUGAACAGAACUGCCUGUAACGGUGACAUGAUGGAUUUUACUGUUCAAGAAGAAACACUAUUGUUAUCUGUGACUGUAUCUGACCUCCUUUGACUGUUUUGUUCAGCUUGCUUGUACACAUUUUUAUCUCUCAAGCCAUCUCCCCCAUUCUUGCCACUCCUUACAUUUUUCUGUUGUGAAACAGGGCACAACACAUUCCAUUAUUCACAUCAUAGACUUGACAUGAUAGUAUAUUUACAUUAGUAUCUGAUAGCAGGCUAUUUCAGACUGUCUCAUUAAGUUAAUAACUUGUUUCUAUCUGGUAUUAUCUUGCAUUCACACUCUCAGUACUGGAGUUACUCUUUCACCUUUACUAUAUGGGCACUAAUAAAUAUACAGUGAAUGAAA